AUGAAGCCAGUGGUGGCCCUGCUGGGCCUCGUCCUCCUGCUCCACAACACGUUUGCUGCAGAAGAGAGCUGCGCCGGCCGCUGCGGCGCCUUCGACGCGCUGAAGAAAUGCCAGUGUGACUCCAUGUGUGUGUACUACGGGAGCUGCUGCAGCGACUUCCAGACCGCCUGCCCCAAGAGAACUCGGGGAGACACCUUCGUCGAAUCGGAGGUCACAGAAGCGGCGCCGGCGGCCGACGACGACUUCACCACGGCCGAGCCCCCGAGGCUGACCCCGGUCCUCCCCACCAUCCCGACGGCCCCCGCCACCAACGCCACCCGGAGGCCCGCGGCCACCGUGGAGCCGGACGCCGCGCCCUGCAGCGGCCGGCCGUUCGACGCCUUCCUGCAGCUGAAGAAUGGCUCCAUGUACGCAUUCAGAGGUGAAUAUUUCUUCGAGCUGGACGAGAAGUCUGUCCUCCCCGGUUACCCCAGACUGAUCCAGGACGUGUGGGGGAUCCCCGGGCCCAUCAGCGCCGCCUUCACGCGCAUCAACUGCCAGGGGAAAUCCUACCUCUUCAAGGGGAAACAGUACUGGAGGUUCGACGGCGACGUCCUGGAUAAGGACUAUCCGCGGGACAUUGCGGUCGGCUUCGACGGCGUGCCGGACGACAUCGACGCGGCGUUUGCCAUCCCAGCCCCGAGUCACCGCGGGAGGGAAAAGGCCUACUUCUUCAAAGGGGAAAACUAUUAUCAGUAUGAGUUCAAGCAGCAGCCGUCCCACGAGGAGUGUGUUGAAAUGAGCAGGUCGUCGCCGUCGGUGCUCUUCACUCGAUACACACACGUCUACUGCGACCACGGCCUGGAGGACUUCUUCACUCAGCUGUUUGGAGAACCCCUCAGCAGCUUCCAGACCGGCCCCCGUCUCACCAGAAGGGACUGGAUCGGCGUCCCGGCGCCGGUGGACGCCGCCAUAGUGGGGCCGGUUUACGUCAGCCCCCAGCCCACCCCGUCCCUUCCUCCAGCCGUGAGGAGGAGGGGCGGCUCCAGGAGGAGCAGGAUCAACAAGAGGCGUAAAUCCAGAAGGAGGCAGAGCCGGGGCCUGUUCGACUACCUGAUGCUUGACGAUGACUUCUUCGACUUGUUCGACGACUACGCCUACGACGAGACCGCCAUGCAGGACAUCAGCACCCCCGUUCAAAAAGUGUAUUUUUUCAAGAAAGAUAAGUACUACAGAGCAUCUCUGCAGACGAAACGCGUGGAGGCUGUCAGCCCUCCUUACCCACGAUCCAUUGCAAAAUACUGGCUGGGCUGCGAGCAUGAAGACGUAGCUGACCCGUCGAGAGCAGAGAAGAGAUGAGCCGACCCUGUUG